CCGAAAGUCGAUGCGCGGGUGUUCUUGCUCAGCGGCGUGGCCGGAAGCGGCAAGUCGACCAUCGCGCAGAGCGUGGCCCAAUGGUGCUCGGAGCGCGGGUAUCUCGGCGCGAGCUUCUUCUGUUCUAGGGAUAAUAGAGCAUGCAGUGAUAUUCAGAUGAUAUUCCCCACGAUCGCCUACCAGCUUGGUCUGUUCUUUCCCGAAUUCCAGCACAAGACCGCAGAGGCCAUGAAGCGGGAACCUCACAUCCAGACAACUCUCGUCUCUCAUCAACUCAAGCGUCUGAUUGUCGAUCCUCUGCGAGAGUUGCCAGCAUUCCCACCCUGCGCGGUCGUCAUUGACGCAUUGGACGAGUGCAAGGACGAUCACGCAACGUCUCUCAUUGUCCGUGCUCUGUCCGAGUGUAUCUCCGACCUGGCUCCCUUGAAGAUAUUCCUCACCAGCCGCCCCGUCCGGAACAUCACCCAUGGCUUCCGUUCAACCGGCCUA